GGGUGAGAGACAGUAGCCAAAGAACUCAUUUCAGGAGACGCAUCAACGCGCGCCAGCUGUAACUUCUUGAACUCCGGAUUGUGUGGAUAUCUUAUCAAAGACAACUUGAGAUGAGUGCCGCCAAAAAGAUGGAGGACGAGGCGGUGUUGGACCGGGGGGCGUCUUUCGUCAAACAUGUCUGCGACGAUGAGGAAGUGGAAGGACACCACACCGUGUAUAUUGGUGUACAUGUGCCAAAGAGCUACCGGCGCCGGAGACGCCACAGGCGGAGAGCGACCCACAGGGACAGGAAGGAGAGGUUGACGGAGAACGCCUCUGACAAGUCCGACACGGAAAACAAUGAUGAGGCCAGCAACAGCAUCCUCAAACCACUCAUCUCGCCGGCGGCCGAGAGGAUCCGGUUCAUGCUGGGGGAAGAUGACGACGGCCCGGCGUCUCCCCAGCUGUUCACGGAGCUGGACGAGCUGCUGUCUGUGGAUGGGCAGGAGAUGGAGUGGAAGGAAACGGCCAGGUGGAUCAAAUUUGAAGAGAAAGUGGAGAAGGGUGGCGAGCGCUGGAGUAAACCACAUGUGGCCACGUUGUCCUUACACAGCUUGUUUGAGCUGAGGACUUGUAUAGAGAAAGGCACCAUAAUGCUGGAUCUAGAAGCUUCCACUCUACCUCAGGUUGUAGAGAUGAUCACCAACAGUCAGAUUGAGAGCGGGCUACUGAAUGCAGACCUGAAGGACAAGGUGGUUUACACGUUGCUCCGCAAGCACCGCCACCAGACCAAGAAGUCAAAUCUACGCUCGCUGGCUGACAUCGGAAAGACGGUGUCCAGUGCAAGUAGGCUGUUUUCCAACAUGGAUAAUGGUAGUCCUACGCCCUCCCAUCGGAACAUGACCUCCAGCAGCUUGAAUGACAUCUCUGACAAGCCUGAGAAGGAUCAGUUGAGGAACAAGUUCAUGAAGAAGUUGCCCAGAGACGCGGAGGCCUCAAACGUGUUAGUGGGGGAGGUGGACUUCCUGGAUGCCCCGUUCGUGGCGUUUGUGCGUCUGCAGCAGGCUGUGAUGCUGGGUGCCCUGACAGAGGUCCCUGUUCCCACCAGGUUUUUGUUCAUCCUUCUUGGACCCAAAGGGAAAGCAAAGUCAUAUCAUGAGAUCGGGAGAGCCAUUGCCACACUCAUGUCAGAUGAGGUCUUCCACGAUAUUGCAUACAAGUCCAAGGACAGACAAGAUCUUCUGGCGGGCAUCGAUGAGUUUCUCGAUGAGGUCAUCGUCCUGCCUCCUGGAGAGUGGGACCCUGCCAUCAGGAUCGAGCCCCCAAAGUCUCUCCCAUCCUCUGAGAAAAGAAAGAACAUGUAUGCUGGAGGCGACAAUUCCCAGAUGAACGGAGAUACGCCUUAUGAUGGAGGCCCUGGAGGGGGAGGAGGGCAUGCUGUUGGUGAUGAACUGAAAAAGACGGGCAGGUUGUUUGGAGGCCUCAUGCUGGAUAUUAAGAGGAAAGCACCGUUUUUUGCAAGUGAUUUUUACGAUGUUUUUCACAUCCAGGCCCUGUCAGCCAUUUUGUUUAUUUACCUGGGAACUGUGACAAAUGCCAUCACGUUUGGUGGUUUGCUCGGGGAUGCUACAGACAACAUGCAGGGUGUGUUGGAGAGCUUCCUUGGCACUGCUGUCUCCGGUGGUGUCUUCUGCCUGCUGGCCGGCCAGCCGCUCACCAUCCUCAGCAGUACUGGGCCUGUACUGGUCUUUGAACGGCUGCUUUUCAAUUUCAGCAGGGAAAAUGAAUUUGACUAUCUGGAGUUCCGCUUGUGGAUUGGCCUGUGGUCAGCCUUCUUCUGUCUGGUCCUCGUGGCGACCGACGCCAGCUACUUAGUGCAGUAUUUCACCCGCUUCACCGAGGAAGGCUUCUCUUGCCUCAUCAGCUUCAUCUUCAUCUAUGAUGCUUUCAAAAAGAUGCUGAAGCUGUGCAAUUACUACCCCAUCAACCCAGACUAUACGAUCGACUACGUCACCCAAUACGACUGCCUCUGCAUGGCUCCGACGAUCCUGGAAAACAGCACUGAAGUUCUGGAUGAUCCUCUGGAUGGCACAUCUAUCUGGUACUUUAACAACACAGACCUACCUUUGAAUGCCACAUGGUCAUCCCUGUCCAAGAAGGAGUGUCUGAAGUAUGGAGGGGAACUGGUGGGCAAGGCCUGCGACUUUGUCCCUGAUAUCGCCCUCAUGUCCUUCAUCUUGUUCUUUGGUACCUACACAUGCUCCAUGUGUCUCAAAAAGUUCAAGUUCAGCCCGUUUUUCCCAACCACUGUGAGAAAACUCAUCAGUGACUUUGCCAUUAUCUUGGCCAUCUUGAUUUUCUGUGGCGUAGAUGCACUAGUAGGAGUGGACACCCCCAAACUCAUCGUGCCAACUGAAUUCAAGCCAACGAGCUCCAAGAGGGGCUGGUUCGUGCCUCCCUUUGGAGGUAACCCCUGGUGGGUGUACCUUGCGUCUGCGCUGCCUGCCUUGCUGGUUACCAUCCUGCUUUUUAUGGAUCAGCAGAUCACCGCCGUCAUCGUCAACAGGAAGGAGCACAAGCUGAAGAAAGGUGCAGGUUAUCACCUGGAUCUCUUCUGGGUGGCGGUCCUCAUGGUGGUCUGCUCCUUCAUGGGGUUGCCAUGGUACGUGGCUGCUACCGUCAUCUCCAUCGCACACAUCGACAGUUUGAAGAUGGAGACGGAGACGUCCGCCCCGGGAGAGCAGCCCAAGUUCCUGGGCGUGAGAGAGCAACGAGUAACUGGUGUGUGCGUUUUCAUUCUGACUGGACUGUCUGUCCUCAUGUCUCCUAUACUCAAGUUCAUACCCAUGCCCGUGUUGUAUGGAGUCUUCCUCUACAUGGGUGUGGCUUCCCUCAACAGUGUGCAGUUCAUGGAUCGUCUUCAGCUGCUCCUGAUGCCAGCGAAGCACCAGCCUGACCUGGUGUACCUGCGCCACGUGCCCCUGAGGAAGGUCCACCUCUUCACCUUCAUCCAGGUGCUCUGUCUGGCUCUGCUCUGGAUCCUCAAGUCCACAGUGGCUGCCAUCGUCUUCCCAGUCAUGAUCCUUGCGCUGGUAGCUGUGAGGAAGUUCAUGGACUACAUGUUCUCCCAGCACGAGCUCAGCUUCCUGGAUGACAUCAUCCCAGAGAAGGACAAGAAGAAGAAGGAGGAUGAGAAAAGGAAGAAGAAGAAGAAGAGGGGGAGCGUCGACAGUGACGUUGACGAUUCUGACUACCCUUACAAUGAGAAUGUACCCAGCAUUAAAAUCCCCAUGGACAUAAUGGAGCAAGAGCCCUUCUUAGGCGAUAAGGCCUCCGACAGAGACAAGUCCCCAUCAUGCCAACACCACUCUUCGUGCUGAGAAGCUUCGCUACUACCAGGACAACUGCUUGUCAAGCCCUGAAAUGAGUCCACUUAAAUCUGUGCCUCAGAUUAGAAUAGACAUCGACCCAGAUGACAACGGAUACUACUGGAAGAGCCACGGGUCAGAGACGUCCCUUUAGACAUCACACUGCCUCCCACUAGCCUUGCUCGUCCUCUCACACAUGCUGAGAAGACCUAGAAUACUCACACUUAAGUUCUCUUUCCUCUUAAUUACGUAUCUCACUUUUACACAAAACCUAACCAAACCGUCAAGUUUAAAGUUCAACAAAUGGGAUGCAGGCGUAAACGGAAUGAACCCAUCAAAGAUCAAAUAACUUAAUUUUCUAUAGACUUUUUUGUUGUCUAUUGGUGGGGUGUGUCUUGCAUACUUGAGCAUUGUGUCUGAGAGGUGAUUUCCUUACUACUGUUCUAUGCAAUCCUUAUACCAUCUUGAUUGAUAGAUAUGCUGCAGCUUUUUAUGACCACACAGGGAGUCCCUUCCUGAUCUGUUUUGUAUUGCUCUUUGACUUUUUAUAUGUAAAAAGUACAAUGUAAAAGGAAUGACUGUAAUCAAUUUCAAAUUGUAGCAGGAGAGAAUAUUUUUAUUUCACUUUUCUUUGUAGCUCUACCUCUUGUUUUAAGUUCAAGGCAUUAUAUAAAA